CUAAAUACGCGGUUCCUGUGUAAGAAACUAUUCAUUCAAUAUUAGCUUCGAUCAGUCUAAAUAGUUCAGUCUAACUGAAGAGUAAGUAAGUGAAAGAAGUUCUUGAUCUACCACAAUGCUUACGUUGAAGAAGACUGUCUAUACUUUACAGGAAGUUGAAAGAAAAGAGCAGGACUCAUCAACAAAUCCUGAAGAAUAUCCACCAGAAUUGCUGAUUAAACAUCCUCUACAGCACACGUGGACUCUUUGGUAUUACGAACCCGAUAAACAGAAAACAUGGGAAGAAAGUCAAAGGGAAAUCACUAGUUUUGAUACAGCUGAAGAUUUCUGGAGCUUAUACAAUCAUAUCAAAUCAGCAUCAGAAUUGAGAGUAGGAUGCGACUACAGCAUGUUCAAACGUGGAAUCAGACCUAUGUGGGAAGAUGAAGCCAACAAAAAUGGAGGUCGAUGGCUUUUGACUUUGGAUAAAAAGCAACGAAAUAUUGAUCUCGAUCAUCUCUGGUUAGAAAUUUUGUUGUGCAUGAUUGGAGAAGCUUUUAAUGAAUAUUCUGAUGAUAUCUGUGGUGCAGUAGUAAAUGUACGAUCUAAAUCAGACAAACUUGGUAUUUGGACUGCUGAUUCUAAGAGGACACAAAGUGUUAUGGAAAUUGGACGAAAAUUAAGAGAGAGAAUGAAAAUUCAUCCUAAAACACAACUAGGAUAUCAAGUUCACAAAGACGUAAUGGUGAAAGCCGGAAGCGUGACGAGAAAUACUUUUACAGUUUAAUUAUUUUAAUUAGUUUGGAAUUAAAUCAACUUUCUUAUUUAAAAUCGAUCAUUUCGCUUUUAUAUGAAGUUUAUUCAAAUAAUUAAUAAUAUAAAAGGAAAAAAAAUUCAAAAA